GUGCCUGCGGAUGCAAGGGUCGGUGUCCGCUGCCUAGGAAUGCCCACUUUCCGCCCUCCUCUUAUCUUAUGACUUCUUGCGCAACUAGUAGGCAGUGGCCUGUUUCGAAGACACAGUUCCUGCAGCUGCUAACAGGAAAGAGCUCUGCCCUGCUCUAAAGGAGUGGCGCUCACGGUAGACAUCUGAGCGGUUUCCAAGACAGCCUGAUUUUUGUUAACUUCUGCCACUCUGUUCCAUCCACAAAGAAUAUGAAAGUCUAUGCAAGCAUCUGUGCACUGGCGCUCCUGUUUCAACUUGCUGUGUGCUCCGAUAACUCCUCUACACCAGUGAUAGAUAAUCGCUGCUGUUUCCGCUAUUCGCAAGGGAGAAUCCCACGCAAUUUGGUGGUAGAUUACUAUAGAAUUAGCAGUAGAUGUCCUCUGCCAGCCAUUGUGUUCAUUACCAAGAAAGGCAAACAGAUAUGUGCCAACCCCACCACCCGGUGGGUCCAAGACCUUGUCAGUUACUUGGAGGAGAACUAAGGACAGCAGGAAUGGAGUCACUUCAAGUAGAGCACACAAUUUCCUGAGAACAAGUAUUUCUAUAAUAAACAGUAGUUAUAUUGUCUUUUCAA